AUGAAGGACGACAUUAUCGAUUCGCUGAGGGCCCGCCUGAGGGAGUACGAACAGAGGAAUAAGGAGCUGCAGGACACCAUCCAGCAGCUGCGCGAAGAGCUGGCCUCGCUUUCCGUGCAGCAAGAUAUCUGUCGUGCAGGAGGCGGAGGUCGACGACACGCAUUUGCGGGAUCAGGUUUAGCGGCAUUCAACAGCUCUGGAAGCUCCAUCUCCCCUCGCUCUUCGCCGCUGCCUUAUCCCGGUGGGCGAAACCUCUCUUCGAGUAUAUCCGUUUCUUCGUCUUCAACCGGAGGUUCGAGCACCGAUUCUAUCGAGCGGGAAGCCAUAUCCCUCCUCCAGAUGCUCAACAAGAACAUCGUCUCCACCGCUACCAAGCUCAGCAAGACCAUCGAAUACAACGACCACUUCAUGACUAUCCCUGACCGCCGCAACGUCGACAGCCUCCACCAAUCCUUGAUCAAGGCAACAUGGAUGGUCGGAGAGAAGAUUGCCAGCGAGCUUGGAGGGAGGCCGUCGCCCAAGGAUGCAAUGACAGAUGACUGUGAGCCACCGAGGUUGUUGGCGCAGAUGGUGUUCGAGAUUGUGAUUGCGAAAUGGUGUGCAUUUGUACUGGGAUGGGAAGAUCCCGGUAUGGCCAGUCUGGGUGAGCUCCAAGUUGUUGCCAGAAUCCACUGCGGCAGUAGUUUGACGUUAAGGGCAGGACCUGAGGCAUACCAAUGGUACCGCGCAAUUUAUGAUCUCCGUUUCGCCCCUACCAAUAGCCAACAAUGGGGGGCGUCGGCCAUGGCAUGUCUCCGAGAUGUCGCCAAUAUCUCAGGCUGGACAUUUAAGUAG